AGGCCCCGGGGGCUGCACGUUUGUCCACAGCUGGUCGCUGGCUGGGAACACGGCUCCAUCGCGCGGGGCGGGCCGGGGCAGUGGCUGUUAGUGCGGCGUGGGGCUACUUCAGUAAUACAACAGGGCCCGCGUGGAGUGGCGCUCGUCCUCCGAUCGUGUGGUACGGAUUCCGUAAUGCUACUGGCAGCAGCCGGGGCCCCGUGUUAGGUGCUGUACAAGCUCAGUGGCGGCCGCGGCCCCUCCCGGGGAGAGCUUACGAGCACCGCACAAACCGUCUGCAGAACUCGGCGUGUGGCAAUCAUGGUGAAUUUUAUCCAAGCUGUGCGUGAAUACUGGGUCCAUAUUUUGUGUCCCAUGGGAUUUGUUAUUGGAUGCUAUCUGGACAGAAGGAAUGAUGAAAAACUAUCAGCUUUCAGAAACAAGAGCAUGUUAUUUAAAAGGGAAUUGAAACCCGGUGAAGAAGUUACCUGGAAAUAAAGGCUGUCCGUGAAAUGGGAAAUUCUUCCAUGUAAUUAAAUUAACGUGUAUAACAAGUG